AUGGUCUUCUCAGGUGGGAUCUCUGAUUUCGAACUUCCCAUUAUCACCAAGCAGUCUCCAGACGAAACAGAUUUCACUUUGCCCCUUAGCCAUCCCGUGGCCCCCGCUGUAGACGCCAUGAUGGAUAGCUACAGCCUGUAUCGCCAAUAG